UGGGACGAUGUGCCGCACGCUGAUUGGCCGUUCGCUUGGGCUUGCCGCUCUGCUGCUGACGUCACGCCACGUCUGAGGUUCCCCCAGAGCGCAGAGGCUCCUGGGCCUGAGGACUGGAGAGUGGAAGCGGCCAGAACCGGGAGCUUCAGCCAUGAUUCCAGAUGAGACCCCCUUGUUUGACCCCCAAUUACUGGAAGAGAUCGACUGGAGUCAGAAUACGGUGUCAUUCAGUCCGCCCAUCUCUCCGGAGCACCCUGGGGAAGGGCUCGUCCUGAGACCCCUGUGUACUGCAGACAUAAAUAGAGGUUUUUACAAAGUACUUGGUCAACUAACAAAGGUCGGAGAUGUGACGGCAGAGGAUUUUAUAAAAAAAUUUGAACACAUGAAGAAAACAGAGAAUUACUUUGUGACCGUGUUGGAAGAUCUGAAUCUCGGUCAGAUUGUAGCCACAGCCACGUUAAUUGUAGAACAUAAAUUCAUACACGGCUGCGCCAAGCGAGGUCGGAUAGAGGAGGUUGUCGUCAGUGAUGAGUGUCGGGGAAAACAGCUUGGAAAACUGUUGUUGUCGGUGCUUACUCUGCUAAGUAAAAAGCUUGACUGUUACAAAGUUACCCUGGAGUGCAAGCCCAAGAACGUCGCCUUUUAUGAGAAGUUUGGUUACACGGCCUCGGAUGAAACCUACAUGCAGUGCCGAUUCUACGAUUAACCUCAGCUGCAAAAACUAACCAUAAACUUGCCAAAGUGACGGAUGGAAGAAAGCUGUUCUUCAGGGGAAGCGGGUCCUGUAAAAAAUAUCUGUAAAUAAGAUGAUCACUUUUACAAAUGUUUAGGAAAAUAUUUUUUUAAUGGGUAUUUUGAGAAUUUUUUUUAUUUUAUUUCCUGUCCCCCCCCCCCUUUGUUAUGAAUAACAAGUUUUCCAUUGAUAAUUGUUACAUUUUGCCUAAUGACUGGUGCUGCUCCAGGCACUUCUGGGGUCAUGUACCACUCAUUGUUCAUAAGAUCACAGCCCUGUUACUACUCACUGACAUGUCGUUCAUGGCCUGCCCCCCCCAUCACAUACUUCAGAAUGAAUCUCACCAUCGCUGUGUGAGCAUAGAAUACUGUCCCGCACCCUAACCAGGCCGCCUGCACAGUCACGCAGUCUCAGGCGUUGACCUGCAUGACUGUGCAGGCGCAGCUGACCUGGUUGGGGGAGUGGGACAGUAUUCUAUGCUCUCGCAGCACUAGCUGGAGAUUCCUUCUGAUGCAUGCACUGGGAGCAGGCUGUGAACGUGUCAUCGGUGAUGACUGACCUGUUCAUUGUGGGUUGUAACCAACCUAGGAUCACGUGUAAAAUGUACAGCAUAAGACCAGGGAGCGCAGUGCUGGCCCAGUAGGCAACAUUUAAGAAUUAUCAAUGGAAAUGUUGUUAGUCACACGAAAAAAUAAAACUAUGCUGGAAUUUACAUCUUCAGAGUGAAGAUGGUCAGCUCUGGUGCACAGGUAACGUGUUUUCACGUUAGGGAAGCUAGGAUUUUAAUAUUGAUAGGUUAUCAAUAUCUGAUUGGCAGCACCAGUCGGCUAAUUUAGAGUAAGCCCAGCAACUCCAUCCACUACACAAUGUGUACUCUGAAACAGCUGAUCCGACCAUCAAUAGUAAAAUACUGGAAAACUCCUUUUAAAAGCUCAACUAAUGUUGUGUCUGUCGGAAUUAGUCUCCGGAGCCCCACGCCACAGGAUUGACCAGUUUGGAAUGUGGUGGCUUCUCGUUUUGAAAUAUUAAAGGAGUUGUCUAAAGGUAUGUCAUUUUUCAAAAGAAAAUGCUACUAUUGGUUAAAUAAAAUAGCCUGCCCAUUCUGACAUUGCUCGGGUCCCCGUUGCUCUCCACUUCUCGGUCCCUGCUUGAUACACAGGAAAUGCUCAGCCAGUCACUGGGUGGUCAUGGGAAGAUGAGAGCAGCGUCGGAGCAGUCUGCGGUCCCAGUCACUGACUGUCGGGGUGCGCUGAGAGUUCGGAGGCCACUGGUCUAUAGUUGUUUAUGGACGGCCUUUGCUCGAUCCUCUAAAAA